AAUCAUCAUCUUCUUCUUCUUCAUUAGUCCUUUGCUACACAAAGACAUCAAAGACUCAUCUUCGUCCUUCCACAAAACAGAUUCAUCAUAUUCUUCAGGUAAAACUUGUAUUUUCUACUCGUUUCUUGAUAUGGCAACCAUAGAGUCAGAGAAUAGUAAGGAUUCCUCUUAUGAUAGAAUAGCUGAAGUCAAGGCCUUUGAUGAAACAAAACUUGGGGUGAAAGGGUUGUUGGAUUCUGGGAUCACAAAGAUCCCACGAAUGUUCUAUCAUGCCAAGGUGAACGACAACACUGAAACCACACCAAAUGACUUAAAGUUUAAUGUCCCCAUCAUUGACCUAAAAGACAUAGACACAAACUCAUCACUCCGUGUUAAAGCACUUGACAAGGUCAGAAGGGCAUGCAAGGAAUGGGGAUUUUUCCAAGUAGUGAAUCAUGGUAUUGGUGUUGAGGUUUUGGAUGAGAUGUUAUGUGGAAUUCAAAGAUUUCAUGAACAAGAUGCUGAAGUGAGGAAAACCUUUUACUCAAGGGAUCGAAGUAAGAAAGUUAGAUAUUUCUCUAAUGGUAGCCUUUUUAGAGACCCUGCUGCUAACUGGAGGGACUCAAUUGCAUUUUUUUCAUCUCCGGACCCUCCUAAUCCAGAAGAAAUACCAGCAGUGUGCAGAGAUAUUGUGGUUGAAUAUACAGAUAAAAUAAGGGCAUUUGGCUUAACAAUGUUUGAGUUAUUCUCAGAGGCUUUAGGCCUUCCUACUUCUUACCUGAAUGAAUUGGACUCUAUAAAAGGAGAAUUCCAUUUGUGUCACUACUAUCCACCAUGCCCUGAACCUGAAUUAACUAUGGGUACUUCAAAGCACACUGAUAUUAGCUUCAUGACAAUUCUUCUGCAAGACCAUAUCGGUGGUCUUGAAGUUCUUCAUGAGAAUCAAUGGGUUGAUGUUCAUCCUGUGCAUGGAUCACUUGUUAUAAACAUCGGGGAUCUUUUACAGCUUUUGACAAACGACAUGUUUAUCAGUGUCUAUCAUCGAGUCUUAUCAAGGGAUGUAGGACCUAGAAUUUCAGUAGCAAGCUUCUUUACAAGCUCAUUUCCAGAGUAUGUAUCAAAGGUUGUUGGUCCAAUUAAAGAACUGUUAUCAGAAGAGAAUCCACCAAUCUAUAGGGACACUACUAUAAAAGAUGUUGCAGCCCAUUAUCACAAGAAAGGCCUUGAUGGAAAUCGUUCCUUGGACCCCUUUAGGUUGUGUAGUGAUUGAGAAUUCUAUUGGAACAACUUUGAAACUCUCGUAGCACAUUUGACUUUAGUGUGUAUUUUAUCACAAUUAACUUGUGUCUACAAUUAUGAUAUAUAUUUUCAAUAUCUUGUGAAUUUUAAAUAAAUAACAUCAAGCUCUAGAAAUAGAAAAAGGUUAAUUCUCCCUUUAAAUAU